AUGUCAUUUUUCAACUUCAAAGGUUUUGGAAGAAAUUCUAAAAAGACAAAGAACCAAACGCACAAUUUGGGAACACCAACUCCGCCUCCUCAAAUGAGUACAAUAUAUUCAAGUCCUCAUAGUAGUAAUUCUAAACUAUCUCUUCGAAAAUUGCCAUCUCCAAAAAGGAAAUCACAAAACAAUCUCCCACCCCAACAACAACAGCAACCUCAAUCAUCAUCAAAUUCCUCAUCUCAUAAAAUAAAUGCCAAUGCAUCACAAAAUACUUUAACGUCACAUCAAUCCGACAAGCCUGAAACCCAACAAGUAAUGUUUUUAAGUGAACCCUUCGUUCGAACAGCGUUAGUGAAAGGUUCAUUCAAGACAAUCGUUCAAUUACCUAAAUAUGUAGACAUCGGAGAAUGGAUAGCAUUAAAUGUCUUCGAAUUCUUCACUAAUUUGAACCAAUUUUACGGAGUCAUUGCAGAAUAUGUCACACCAGACGCAUACCCGACUAUGAAUGCCGACCCGCAUACUGAUUAUUUAUGGUUAGACGCCAAUAAUAGACAAGUCUCACUACCGGCAAGUCAAUACAUUGAUCUGGCAUUAACGUGGAUAAAUAAUAAAGUCAAUGAUAAGAAUUUGUUCCCCACGAGGAAUGACGCUACGUUCCCACAGGUAUUUUUGAGGGAUGUACAAAGGAUUAUGGUACAAAUGUUUAGAAUUUUUGCACAUAUUUAUCAUCAUCAUUUUGAUAAGAUUGUGCAUUUGUCGUUGGAAGCUCAUUGGAAUUCAUUUUUCGCCCAUUUUAUUAGUUUCUCAAAGGAAUUUAAAAUUAUCGAUAGGAAGGAAAUGGCUCCUUUAUUGCCAUUAAUUGAAAGUUUCGAAAAACAAGGUAAGAUUAUUUAUACGUAG